AUGGGUCCCAAGAAGGCAGACGGAGCUCCCAAGCCCAAGAGCACUCAUGCUUCCUACCAGGACAUGAUCACUGAUGCUAUUGUUCAUGUAAUUACUCCCAUUCCUUCGCUUCCGGCGCAUUAUGCGUCGCCUGACUGGCGUCAUCAUCUUGCUGACGCGUCUUUUUCCAUCGUACAGCUCAAGGAGAGAAACGGUUCUAGUCGUCAACAAUUGAAGAAAUAUGUGAAGGCCAACAACACUAUCAACGUCUCAGACAAGAUGUUCGACUCAUUGUUCAACAAGGCCUUGAAGGCUGGUGUCGACAAGGGCAUCUUCGAGCAGCCCAAGGGACCUUCUGGCGGUACCAAGCUCUCUAAGAAGUCCAAGCCUGCUGCCACCAAGCCCGCCGCCAAGAAGGAAGGCGACAAGGAAGCCCCCAAGAAGGCUGCUCCCAAGAAGGAGACUGCGAAGAAGCCUGCCGCACCAAAGAAGGCAGCUGCGCCCAAGAAGGAGGCCACCGAGAAGAAGCCUGCCGCAAAGAAGGCUGCUGCUGCUCCUCCUAAGAAAGCCCCUGCUACUAAGAAGGCUGCACCCAAGAAGGAUGCCCCCGCCGCUGAGGAGAAGCCUGCCGCUUUGACGAAGACCAAGUCUGGACGAGUGGCGAAGACUGCGUCUAAACCAGCUACGAAGAAGGCAGCGCCGAAGAAGGCCGCGGCACCCAAGAAGGAGAAGACGCCAAAGAAGGAGGCGAAAGCUGAAGCAGCUUCGUAA